CAAUUUGGAAGUAUAAGUGAUUUGAGGAAUAAUCGGAAACCGACGUGUUUCUCACCUUGUAAAUGUAUUAAUUUACAUACGGAGCAAAUUAAUGCAAAAUGUUUUUACAACUUUAGUUAAUAGCGAAGUUUCGCCUCCAACGAGUGUGUUCCGCGCGUGAAAAUAGUAAAAUCGGCUUCCAUGUUUUGGGAUCAUGUUUACCGUAACAGGCAUAUCAUGCAGGAAUUCGAGGACCUAGAAGUGCACAAAACCAGUGUUUCUGUAUUUGUAGCGUUGUUUUACUUGGAAAUGUUGUAUAUUCUGAUUAUGACGCUGUCCAUAUUGAACAGACUGAAUCAGAAUAUGCCGUCGUAAAUCGUCGUAGAUUUCUCUGUAUACCUCAACAGUAAUUAAUUGACAAUGACUGACAUUAAGAUAACGGACCGGCUGUACCUCUCAAAGUCGGAUGACAUCUUUGUGGACCUUAAUCAGCUGAAGCAGCAUCAGGUUGAUGCUCUCCGGCUGCUCUACGCCCAAUUUAAAAAGAAAACGGGGGGCGUGAUUCUAAACGACCCCAGUGGUUACGGAAAGACGGUGGUGGCGGUGCUGUUUCUGCACGCGAUGCGACAGAUACUGCCGUCGCCCGCACUCGUAUUGUGUCGCGCGGGGGAAUUGCAACACUGGCGACACCACUUCCACACCUGGGCCACCACGGAAGACGUAAUCUUCGAGUCCUCCAACCCGUACGUGAAGAAGUCCAUCUUCGUGAACACGCGACAGCAGCUGCCGUCGCUCUGCCGCCGCACCUGGUCCGUCGUCGUGGUCGACGACGACCUGCCGAGGGAGCUGCAAGCAGACUUCAAGAUAUAUCUCACCAAUGAGGACAUGAAGGAAAAUUUGAUCACCUUUGCUUCGAUAUACCAAUGGAUGUUCCCCAAAGGACCCGAGUUCGACAUCAAGCAAGUCACAGGACAUACAAAUGGUCCCGCGGAUUUCGACAAAAAAGUCUAUUUACUCGAUUUUAUCUUUGAAGGAAUUGUAUUUAGAAGCAAGAAUUUCACGCCGUUUAAGAAACCUGAGACACAAGCGCCUCCCGCACCUUUAGUAAUUGAACCACCGCGGAUAUCACGGAAAAACAAAGACGCAACCGGGACGAAAAUAAAGCGCUCCAAAGCCAGAGUAGAGGCGGAGUCCAACCACGCGGCCAAAAUACCGAGAACCGAUCCUACAGAGAGGAACUCCACCAUCACAUCUAAGGACUACUACAAAGAUAAUGAAAUGGACGUCGAAAGCUUCAUCAAAAACGAAAAGCCGAUAACCGGAGAAGGGGUUGAAGAGUUCAUGGAUUUCCAAGCGAUGAUAAAGUCCGAUACAGAGAACUUUAAAGAUAUAGUUAGAAAUGAAAGAUUGAAUGGUCAAGCUACUAUUACAGAGGAAAAUACAGACGUGUGCACUGCUGACUAUCAGGAUGCGAUAAAUGAUAUAGUCAAUAAUGAAAAUGAUAAAAGUAUUGAAGAAACUUAUGGGAAUAUUGAUGUUAGGGUUACGGAAAGUGAUUCGGAUACAGGAAAGGCUAAUAAUAGUUUAAAUGUGAGUACAGAGAAUGAUGCAGAAGAUAUAAGUGUAAGUAAUAGUAAGGUAGAUGUACCCAAUUUAGAAGAAAAUAAGGAUGAGACAAUACAAGUAGUUCAUAAUGAAACGAAGAAAGAUCUUGAAACUAAACUAACUGAAUUGGAAGAGAAGACAUUAAAUAAGUUUAAGGGAUCGCUUUUAGAUACCAUAUUCUGAAUAAGUGUAUUUAACCGAUAGAUGUCUGAUGUUUGCAAUUU